GAACCUUGCUCCCAGCUGACUCCCAUGUCAUAUCACUCUAGAACGAACACACGGAAGGCUCAAUUGCGGAGGAGCUCUCGAUACAUUACGCGGGUAUUCUCCACAGGUAUCUGCCGAGAACUUUGUCAAAUCACAUGGAGACACUUAAAUUCCGGCUCGUUCUGAGUUGUACCCCUCCUAACCUCGUUAAUCACUUCCAGGAAGAUACGAUCUUCUGUCAGCGCUCUGUUCUACAGCUCGACUCAGCCCUCUCUUUGCUCCUCCACCCUACAUCUCGAUCCGGCGCCACCUCGACGGCGAGCAUUUUACACAACCAUGUCGAAGGCUGUCGCAGAGUUCACCGGCAGACGCAUCACAUACGAGACACCACUGCCCCUCCGGGAGGUGACAGCACGUCUCGAUGCGGAGCUCAACAAGGAGAAGACGGGGCCACAGCUCCUCAAACUCCUGGGGACUGUCAAGACCCGGGAAGCACUCGAGGAUGGUAUUCAUAAUAUGUCCGGUGGGAACAGUUUCGUUCUAUUCGGGGCAGCAUCUUUCCACAAUUGGCGUAGUGCAUACUACGAGAGGCCGACGCAGAAGAUCUUUCAAUAUACACUCGGAAACCCUCUCAUCGCAGAGACGAUGAUGCGGCACGACAUACGCACGGCUUUGUCAGUGCCAUUCCGGAUCUUGGUCGCAGAAAAGCCCGACGGACGUGGGACGCAGUUGUCGUAUUUUCAGCCAUCGACCCUUAUCGCAGUGCCCGAAGGAGGGAAAGUGAACCAGGAGUUGAAGGCCGCAGCGGAGGCGCUGGAUGGCUUAGCAGAGAAGCUGUUGCAGAAGGUCACUGACUUUGCCCCGACAGAUGAGCGCCUUGCCAAGCUGUGAUGGACCUUUUCAGUGACCAUGGACGGGGUAGAGAAUGGAACGGUGCUUACGAUAUGAUGAUUGACACUGGGUCUGUCGAGUUCGGAAUGCUGGAGACAUUGCGUAUCAGCCGGGGG